CAACACCGACAACAACGCCAGCUUCCUCGCCCCCUUCUUGCCCUGCCGUCUCCCUCCACCCCCUCAUUCUCCUGCUCUCUCCUUGACACGCCCACAAUGGCCUCCUCAACAGCCACUGACCCCCCUGCAAGCUCGCCCUCCGCCCUCCACUACAUCCGCUAUAACCCCGCCCAGGAAGACACCCACGUCGCCGCCAUGCGCCAGCUUAUCUCCAAGGACCUCUCCGAACCAUACAGUAUCUACGUCUACCGCUACUUCCUCUACCAAUGGGCCGACCUCUGCUUCCUCGCAAUGGACACCGACACCGCCGGAAACGAGCACAUGGUCGGCGUUGUCGUUUCAAAGCUCGAGCCGCACAGACACGGGCCCCUGCGCGGGUAUAUUGCUAUGCUGGCCGUGAGCCAGGAGUAUCGCGGGCAAGGGAUUGCGACGAAAUUAGUUAGGAUGGCAAUUGACGCCAUGGAGAAGGGGGGUGCAGACGAGAUCGCCCUCGAAACCGAAAUCACAAAUACCGCGGCGAUUAAGCUUUACGAACGGCUCGGGUUCCUGCGCAGUAAGCGCCUGCAUCGGUACUACCUAAACGGGAACUCGGCGUAUCGGCUCGUGCUGUAUCUGAAGGAAGGCGUUGGAUCGAUGAGGACGGCGUUUGACCCGUAUGCGCAUCCGUCAGACAAUGCUCAUUCUUAUGGUCAUCUCCCUGCUCCCCCUGUGCCGCCGGCGGCACCGUUACUGAACGAGAAUGGGAGGUGAUGACGCAUAUUGAGAUGCCACUUUUAUGUUUAUGAUAAUGACUGCAUUAGCUCGGGAUAGAAGGGUGAAUUUCUUGUCUCAUGGUUCUAUUUGUUUAGAUUCUAUGCCUAUUUGGCAUAUAAGUACAGCGGCUGUGGCCGUGGUAUAAAGAGAGGUUGAUGUAUCAUACAAUGAGAAUGUGGCCACAGGUGGUGAUUGAUUAUACAAGUCGAGAUUCAGAAAGCCGAGCCCGCUCGGUGAAGUAGACACAAGAACUAGUCCUUGAGGUUAUGCCCAACAAACUCCACUGGAACUUGGAUGGCAUUCUGCAUGAGCCAUUUAGCAGGGCGC